AUGACGACGACGCGAAGGCUGGAAUCGCCGCGCGUCGGGAAGACCACGCGCACGCGCGCGACGCCCGCGGACGAUGAAGGCGACGUGCCGUUCGGGUACACGCGCGCGGACGUGAUGCUGAUCGGGACCGGGGUCACGGGCGCGGGAUUCGCGGCGUACUACGGGUUGCAAUCGUUCGCGGGGAUGGAUUCGACGAAGGCGGGCAACGCGGUGCAGUUGACGUUCGUGCUCGGAUUGACGCUCGCGUGGGUGGGGUCGUACGUCAUGCGAGUGUUCAAUAAGGACAUGACUUACGCGAAGCAGUUGAAGGAUUACGAAAACGCGGUGAUGCAAAAGCGUUUGGAAGAAAUGCCGGCGAGCGAGCUGGAGAAGAUGAUGGACGAAUUGGACGAGAAGUGA